ACCCCAGUGCAAGUCAGAGGUCAGGCAGGCUUGUGUCUGCUCUCUGUGCACUUGGCCUGGGUGUAUCCCUGCCCAGAGAGUUUGACAUUGCUAAUGCCAACCUUCUGACUUCCUGGCUGCUUAGGGGAACAUGGUGAAGACCUGGCAGGGUAGUCAGGCAUCCCUCAUCUCAACAGGGACUGAGACUGUCCCUGAGACAACUUGGAUAAGGAAGGGAGUUCUCAUCCUUUCAGGCUCAUCCCUGACCUAUGAGAAGCAGGGCCACCUUCAGGCAUGUAGUGUAGUCUGACCACCCCUGGACCCACCCGAGUCUCAUAUGCAAGAGGGCGAUGGCCCCCGCUCUGGCUUGGAACCAAGAUCUCCAACUUCAAGCUUGUCUUCUGAGCAUCAGGGCACAGGUGCCAGAUACCGUCGUGUGGGAUGAUGACUGAGGUGACUCUGAUGUCUGGGUGUCCUUCCUACACAGGGCAGCUUGGCAGUCCAUGGCCUCAAAAUACUUAAUGUCUUGGAGCACUGGCCAGAACCUGUCCACACCAGGACCAUUCAUCUUGCUGGGCUUCCCAGGGCCAAGGAGCAUGCGCAUCGGGCUCUUCCUGCUGUUCCUGGUCAUGUAUCUGCUCACAGUAGCUGGAAACCUGGCCAUCAUCUCCCUGGUGGCUGCCCACAGAUGCCUACAGACACCCAUGUACUUCUUCCUCUGCAACCUCUCCUUCCUGGAGAUCUGGUUCACCACAGCCUGCGUGCCCAAGACCCUGGCCACUUUUGCUCCCCGGGGUGGAGCCAUCUCCUUGGCUGGCUGUGCCACACAGAUGUACUUCGUCUUUUCUUUGGGCUGUACCGAGUACUUCCUGCUGGCUGUGAUGGCGUAUGACCGCUACCUGGCCAUCUGCCUGCCACUGCGCUACGGUGGCAUCAUGACACCUGGGCUGGCGACACGGUUGGCCCUGGGAUCCUGGCUGUGUGGCUUUUCGGCAAUCACAGUUCCUGCCGCCCUCAUUGCCCGCCUCUCCUUCUGUGGCUCACGUGUCAUCAACCACUUCUUCUGUGACAUUUCACCCUGGAUCGUGCUUUCCUGCACUGACACGCAGGUGGUAGAGCUAGUGUCUUUUGGUAUUGCCUUCUGUGUCAUUCUGGGCUCCUGUGGUAUCACACUAGUCUCCUAUGCCUACAUCAUCACGACCAUCAUCAAGAUUCCCUCUGCCCGGGGCCGGCACCGCGCCUUCUCUACCUGCUCAUCCCAUCUCACCGUGGUGCUGAUUUGGUAUGGCUCUACUAUCUUCUUGCAUGUGAGGACCUCGGUGGAGAGCUCCUUGGACCUCACCAAAGCUAUCACAGUGCUCAAUACCAUUGUCACACCCGUGUUGAAUCCUUUCAUAUAUACCCUGAGGAACAAGGAUGUGAAGGAGGCUCUGCGCAGGACAGUGAAGGGGAAGUGAGCCACUGCCUGAGCACAUCUCCUGUCAGACGCUGCGCUGCACGACUGGCAUUGGCUGGCCUGUGAGCCAGUGUCAGUCAGUGUUCAGCACUCUUCUCUCUACAGAGCUUAGAGGGCCAUCUAUCCUAGUUUAUACUUUUAUGGCUUUGUUCAGGAGUGCUUGCUGUCCCAGCCCUCAGUUUCAGGAAGAUUCUAGAAGGGAAACAGGGUUCUGAGUCCCUAGGAGGUCCUUCCCAACCUCCAUAUAAACACCAGAAGCUAUGCAUCAGUUCUGGCCAGACCCCUGUGUCUUGGCCUAAUAGGCUCUUCACCACCCUACAGAUGUCACAAGGCAUACCUGGAAUCUCUAGGAAGGGCAUGCCAGACCACCAGGGGGUUCAUGCUCGUAGAGGUUAAUUAUGGUAGAAAACAACAAACAAACAAACAAACAAAAAACAAGCACAGAAAGCUCAGAGGAAGCUGAGGUCCUGCAAGGGCUUGUUGGUCUUACACUAGGGUCUCAGGGCAUAUCUACUGCAUUUCAUUCCUUUCUGGGUCUUUGGCUUUUGGGAGUGGAGGUACAGGAAGGAGUCAGAGGGAGCAGGGGCCCUGGAUGCCUGUGUAGCCUCAGGCUCUGGAUGAAGGGAGGAAGGGCCAGGUAGUUCCUAGGUAAUUCUGGGGUAAGCACUGCUACUUAUUUUUGAAGCAGCAACACUGCUCUGAACCUGUGUCUUCAUUCAUAAAUGUAACCAUGACAGUACUGUCUCAAGGGACCCUUGGGAAUAUGAAUGACUUAGUGUGUCCAAAGUGCUUAGAUCUAUAAGGGGCAAGAAAAAUGCCACUGAAAUUGUUUUAUAAUUUAGUAGAUAAAGCAGUUUUCAGACUUGUCUGUCUGUCUGCCUGCCUGUCGGUUUAUUUAGAGACAUUGAAUCAUGCGUCUCAGUCUGGUUUCAAACUUUGUAUGUAACUGAGAAUGGACUUGAACUUCUGAUCCUCCUGCCUCUACCUCCCAAAUACCACUGAUGCUCACUCAGUUUUGUGGUUCUGGGGAUUGAAUCCAGGGCUUUGUGAAUGCUGGACAAGCGCUCGGCUGACUGAGCUGAAUACCCCAGCUCUCAGAUUGUCCCCCUCGUGUCCUCAUUUUACUUUGGACAACCAAAGUGACUGUGUCCACCCUGAUCUCUCAGCCUCUAUGAGCCCAAGAGAAACUGACUUCCAUAGGUAGGCCAUAUCACGAUUUGGAGAGGCUUUGGCGGCUCUGAGAGAGUUUUCACUUUGGACUUUUUGAGUACUGUUGCCAGAUGUCUCUUGUACAGGGGGAGACAUGGCCUCCAUAUCCUCUCAGAUACCACUUCUGGGUCUAAUCACAGGCUGACCUUUUUCACACUCUCCUGGCUCCCAUGUCUUAAGCUUUAUGGUUUCUCUGUUCUGUCCAACCCAAGGCUGAGGCCUAAACGAUCCUCUCUGACUUUUCUCUUUAUCGUCUUCCAGAGUGGAGGCUCAAGUAGGACACAGAAGUUUUUCUCUGCAGUGACCCUGCCUGGGGCGGGACAUAGGUGCAGACACCAGCCACCUAGAAUUCCUCUUCUCCCAAGGUCUGGAGCCAGAGGGCACACUGGCCCUCAGGCUUACACGCUCAACUGAAUUUGUACUCUCAGUCAUGUCUGUUGCCGGAACUU